AUGAUCGGCUUCCUAUUUGUGUUGGUCUUUGUGACCUCAACGGUCGCAGCUAUUUCAAGACAACCAGAUAUAACUCGUUCAAACUUCAAAGGCGUCACUGCUACCAAGGCUCGUAGACGAUCCGAGAAUGUUACGAAAAUUUCACGGAGCAGUCGUCACUUCUUCUUCGUACUUUGUGCAAGUUAUUUACACUCAUUGAUACAGUCGGUCAGUGAUUUGGUCGAUCUUUCGAGCAAUAACCCUCUUAUUGUUAAGCUCGUGCGAUCUUGCAUCGAUUAA